AUGGAAGAGGCAGACUAUGUUAUCGUCGGUGGCGGUACGGCAGCCCUGGUUGUUGCCUGCCGACUGUCGGAGAACCCAGAGACGCGCAUCGUCGUGCUGGAGCGCGGUGAAGAUACAUCGAGUGAUGCUCGCGUUCAGGAUCCACUCGUGUACGAGUCUCUGAUGGGGAGCGAGAUGGACUGGAACCUCAAGGGGGCUCCGCAGGCCGGACUGAACGGUCGGGAAUUCAAUCAAGCGGCGGGCAAGGCCCUGGGCGGGUCUUCGGUAAUCGAUGGUUGCAUAUUCCUGCCUCCGGCUGCAGCGGCAUUCAAUGCCUGGGAGUCGCUGGGCAAUCCAGGCUGGAAUUGGGAAACGCUGGCGCCCUGUUUUCAACGGGCAUAUACAUUGCAUCCCAGGACUGGUGGUCCUCAGUCUAAUACAGCCGGACCAAUCCAAGUGAGCUACCCGGUGCCUACGGAGAGGGCCGACACCACUCUGCUCGACGCAUGGAAGCAAGCAUUUGAGGAACACGGCUAUGGUUACGCUGACGAAUUGGUGUCGGAAGGGGCGACUAUUGGUACGCGACCGUAUACUGCGACCAUCGACCCGGUGUCCGGACAUCGCAGCAGCGCAGCGAACGGAUAUGGCGCUAUUAUCGCAUCUCGUGCUAACGUCAGAAUCGUCACCGGUGCCAGCGUAACUCAGGUCCAGAUCGAAGCCCAGGGGACCGUCCUAUUCAAACCCACCAAAGAGGUGAUCAUGGCUGCGGGCGUGUUUAACAACCCCCAGAUUCUCGAAUUAUCGGGAAUUGGUGAUCCGGCUCGACUCCAAACCCUCGGCAUUUCACCACUUGUCCACCUGCCCGGGGUAGGAGAGAACCUGACGAACCACGCUAUGAGUGUCCUGUCGGCCCCGGUGAAGGCGCAUGCGGACAUCCAGGAUAUCGCCCCGGGCAUGAAAGCUAACGCCUUCAUCCACCUCGCGCCCAUGGACAUGCAAGAGAUUCUUGAUCGGGCCCGCGAGGCCCCAGACCACGCAGCAAUUGCAGGGAUCCUGAACGGCCCAAACGAGGCGUCCGCCUGCAUCCACUUCGCUAUCUACCCCGGCAAUCUCGCCAUUAUCGGCAUUUUCCCUUCCUUCCCUUUCUCCAGGGGCAGCGUCCAUAUCCAGUCAGCGGACCCAGCCAGCAGCCCCCAGAUCGAUCCAAAGUACCUGAACCACCCGUCUGACCUCGAUUCGAUGGUCCGGCACGUUCAGCAUUUGCAGGAAAUUUUCCACUCGGCCCGUCUCCAGCCCUUCGUCGAUGCGCCGCCGCCCCAGGAUCGAGAGGCGCUCGCCCAGCUGGUGCGCGAGGCCAUGGCCAUCCCAACGGCCCAUGCGUGCGGUACCACCGCGAUGCUGCCCCGCGAGAGAGGCGGCGUGGUCGCGUCGGAUCUGAAGGUCUACGGCGUCAGCAAUGUUCGAGUGGUCGAUGCAAGCGUCUUCCCCGUCAUUUCGCAGGCGAAUCCCAUUAGCACCGUGUAUACGGUGGCUGAACGGGCCGCAGAUUUGAUCCGAGCGAAUUGA